GUAUGAAGAAAAAGCAGUGGUCAUUACUUAUACAGAAUCAAUCUAUCAUAAAUCAGAAUUCAUUGGAUUUUCAAUAGCGAAGAUCGUAAGACUAAAGAAUUUAAAUGAAAUUGAUCGAACUUUUCAUCAAGCAUCCGAUUUAUGUAACAAUGUUGACAUUGAGUGUUUUAUAUAUCUGGCCAAAUCAUCUACAAAGUAG